AUGAAGUUAAAUAUUUCUUAUCCAGCUAACGGUACUCAAAAGAGUAUUGAUAUUGAUGAUGAACACAAAUUACGUGUCUUUUAUGAAAAAAGAAUGGGACAAGAAGUUGAAGGUGAUUCAGUUGGUGAUGAAUUUAAAGGUUAUAUUUUUAAAAUUACUGGUGGUAAUGAUAAACAAGGUUUCCCAAUGAAACAAGGUGUUAUGCAUCCAACAAGAGUUAGAUUAUUAUUAGCAAAAGGACAUUCAUGUUAUAGACCAAGAAGAACUGGUGAAAGAAAAAGAAAAUCAGUUAGAGGAUGUAUUGUUGCUCAAGAUUUAUCAGUUUUAGCAUUAUCAAUUGUUAAACAAGGUGAUUCAGAUAUUGAAGGAUUAACUGAUACAACAGUACCAAAAAGAUUAGGACCAAAAAGAGCUAAUCAUAUUAGAAAAUUCUUUGGUUUAACAAAAGAAGAUGAUGUUAGAGAUUAUGUUAUUAGAAGAGAAAUUAAAAAAGGUGAUAAAGUAUACACAAAAGCACCAAAAAUUCAAAGAUUAGUUACUCCACAAACUUUACAAAGAAAAAGAGCUUUAAAAUCUAAAAAAGUUAAAAAUGCUCAACAUCAAAGAGAUGCUGCUAAUGAAUAUGCUCAAUUAUUAGCUAAAAGAUUACAUGAAAGAAAAGAAGAAAAAGUUCAAAUUAAAAAGAAAAGAGCUGAAUCAUUAAAAAACUAG